AUGAGCCGUGGCCGCAAAUGCUUUCGAGUGUCCAAGCUUCUGCUUGUGCUGGUCAUAUGUGGCUCUGGCUUGGGCUUGAGCUGGCUGGCAGAACCAUCCCUCCGACCGCCACUGCUGGGAGGCUGCCUCAGACCCACCCGCAGCCCCGCGCGUGGCGCCGUGCAGCGCUUGCCUCGCAGCAGUGGCAAGGGCACGCGUGAGCCCAGCCGACGGGGCGCACUCGCAGAGUGGGCGCAGGGCGCAGUUCAGUCUGCAGGAACCCUCGUUGCGGCAGCAGCAGCUUUCUACACGGGCGCGAAGGUGGCGGUCUUCGGGUCUCCUCGCCAGCCGGAGCUCCAAGGACCCUACAAAGAUGUUGGCUCAUCCCUGGAGCGCUUCGCUGGCCUGCGCUGUCGGGUGCUGUACCCAGCACAACGCGGCGGCAAGGAGGCCCCGUACCUUUCUGAAGGCCGCGCAACUUCAGAUGCCAUGGCCGGAUUGGUGUUCUUCCCCGGGUUCCUCCUCGAGCACCUGGGGUACGCCUCGUCAGGCUGCUGGGAGGACGCUGCUCCUCUGUCCGAGAACUUCCCGAUUCUAGUCUACUCACAUGGUCAGGGAGGCAACAUGGACAUGGGCACCUACUUCCUCAGGCAGAUUGCAAGCCAUGGGCUGAUUGUCGUCGCUGUGGAGCAUCAGGACGGGUCGGCCUCAACCGGGGACCCCGCAAAUCCUCGACCCUUCAGCUUGACCCGCGGCCAGCUUGGCGUGCGAUUUCGUGCUCAGGAGCUUGUGCAGGUGGCCCGAGCGCUGCAGGCACCGGGCGAGGCGCAGCGUUACGGGGGCAACCCGGAGCAGCUCUUCGUCGGCGGACACAGCUACGGUGGCCCCACGGCCAUCCUGGCAGCCCACGCUGAGCCGGCCCUAUUCAAAGGGUUGGUGCUCCACGACCCGGCACUCAGCUCGGAGAUGCCGAAGUUGCAGCAGCCAGUAUUUUCCGUCGUCGGCGAUGAAUAUGCUGGCAUACCGAAUCUGGUGAGUCAGGUGCUGAAAGUGUCGAAGCCAGAUGAGUCCCAGGCAGCGCGCCCAUGGGUUGGAGCUUGGCACUUCCUGGGCAUUAGUCAUGGGAACUUUGUCGAUGCGCCGUUGUGGGCCCCGCUUGUCAUCAUGCAGCUGCUGCGGAUACUUCUGAUUCCAGCUGCCGGACCUUUCGAACCGGCGGAGGCCCAUCGCGCGCUGGCGCGCGCGGCCGCGGACUUCGUCCGCGGCACCGGCGCCCCAGAAUGUCCAGAGCCAUGGCAGAGACUCCGACAGCACCCUUGGAGGGGUGAUGGGCGAGGCCCAAGUAAGAAGGAGCAGAGUUGCACAACCCUAAACCCUAAACCCCUAAACACCCCUAAACCCUAA